CGUCACUUUUCACGGUGCCGUUUUCCCGCGAAGAGUUUCCAACCCGUCUCCUGGAUCAUGGCUGGAAAGGCGAAGGUGAAAGAAGCUCAUCAGCUGACAGGAGACUGUAUCACUCAGGUCCAGACCAUCUUGAGGGAGCGGUUCUGCCGGCGCCGGCUCCCUGCCGGGCUGGAGUCGAUGGAGGCUCAGUAUAAGCGCCUGCUGGACCUGCUGAAGCGGACGGCUGUGGACGGGGAGAGCAACUCGGUGCUGAUCGUUGGUCCGCGAGGAGCCGGGAAGACCACGCUGGUCGACAGCGUUCUGAAGGAGCUGCUGGACGACGACCGAGUGCAGAAGAACCUUCUACAGGUUCAUCUGAACGGUCUCCUGCAGACAGACGACAGAAUCGCUCUGAGAGAAAUCACCAUGCAGCUUCACCUGGAAAAUGUCGUCGGUGACAGAGUGUUUGGAAGCUUUGCGGAGAAUCUGGUUUUCCUGCUGGAGGCGCUGAAGAAAGGCGACCGCAGCAGCAGCCGGCCGGUGCUCUUCGUGCUGGACGAGUUCGACCUCUUCACGCAGCACAAGAACCAGACGCUGCUCUACAACCUGCUGGACGUGUCCCAGUCGGCCCAGGCGCCGGUGGCCGUGGUCGGCCUGACCUGCAGGCUGGAUGUCCUGGAGCUGCUGGAGAAGCGGGUCAAGUCUCGGUUCUCCCACCGCCAGAUCCACCUGCUGAGCCCGCUCGGCUUCGGCCAGUACCUGGAGCGGGUUCGAGCGCAGCUCAGCCUGCCGGACGACUUCCCCGACGCGCCGUUCGCCGCGCAGUGGAGCGCCAGCCUGCAGACGCUGUGUGAAGACCAGGCGGCUCAGGACGCUCUGAGGAGACACUUCAACUCCAGCAGACACUUCGGCUCGCUGCACAUGCUGCUGAUUCUGUGUCUGAGCCGCGUCUCUCUUUCCAAGCCCUUCAUCGGCGCCUCGGACCUGCUGGACGCCAGCCGCACGAUUCUGAGCGACUCCAGGGUCAACAUGCUGCAUGGUUUGUCCAUAUUGGAGCUGUGUCUGCUCAUCGCCAUGAAGCAUCUCAACGACGUGUAUGAGGGAGAACCCUUCAACUUCCACAUGGUCCACAACGAGUUCAAGAAGUUCCUGCACAGGAAGUCCAACUCCAUGUACAGCUUUGAGCAGCCAGUCAUCAUGAAGGCCUUCGAACACCUCGUGCAGCUGGAGCUGAUCCGGCCCGUGGACGGCUCCUCGGCCAGGACCCAGAAGGACUACCAGCUGAUGAGGCUCAUGCUGGACCAGGGCCAGAUCAUGGAGGCGCUGCAGAAAUACCCACAAUGCCCCACGGACGUCAGGCAGUGGGCCAUGUCCGCCUUCGAGUAGCCGGACCGAACGGCCGCCGCCGGUUAAACUACGCCAGCAUGAAAGACUGAAGUGUUUUGGUUUUGCCACCCUGACUGCUCGCCUCUCGACUCACUGCUGCCCUCUGGUGGGGAAAACCUGCAGGAAACACCGCUCCACAUUCAGACCAACACAGGUGUUCAGUGUGUGUG